AUGAUACCAUUACUAUUUCUUGCAUCCGUCUUCGCGCUGUCUGCGGAUACGUUUGGAGCACCGACAGAGGGAGCCCCGAUUUCUGGCCAGUCCAUCCCCCUUCUAAGAAGAAACUCAUCCCCCCGCGAGGUCGCCGAUUGGGGUGCUUUGGCAAAGAGCCAGAGAAACAGUCUGAUCGCAAAGUACGGCAGUCAGACGACGCAGAAAAGAAGCAGUGGCUACAAUUUGAUUGUCGACCAGCUGUAUGAUUCUGGCUACUAUGGUUCAUUGGCUAUCGGUACACCCGCGGUGUCCUUUGAUGUCCUAUUAGACACGGGCUCUUCUGAUCUCUGGCUUGCUGGUUCUUCGUGUGGAACUUUAUGUGGCUCGAGCGCUACGUACAACCCAUCAUCUUCAUCAACCUUCCAGAACCUCUCCACGGCAUUCGAGAUCCAGUACGGCGCGGGCAAUGCAGGGGGCUAUGUUGCACAGGACACAGUGCAAAUGGCGGGAUUCUCUGUCUCCAGUCAAGGCUUUGCCGUCGUAGAUGUAGUUUCGCAAGAUUUUCUGACAUCACCGGUCUCUGGCUUGUUUGGUUUGGCAUGGAACACCAUAGCAGCAUCAGGUCAGAUGCCCUUCUGGCAGACUUUGGCCUCCAGUAAUGCUUGGGACUCAGCUCUGUUCGCUGUUCAGCUCACUCGGUACUCAAACGAUACCAGCGCCCAGGAACUUGAACCCGGAGGAGUGAUUAAUAUAGGUUAUGUAAACAGCAGUUUGUACACCGGCUCAAUUGAUUAUAUCGACAUUCCUGGAACGCCCUCAUAUUGGUAUCUACCAUUGGAUUCAUUGACUGUGCAAGGCAACUCGAUCUCCAUUAGUUCGGGAACAACUGCUGCUAUCGAUACUGGCACGACCAACAUAGCCGGACCGACUAGCGCAAUUCAAGCCAUCUAUGCACAGAUUCCUAACUCACAACCAGCGACGGGUGACUGGGUGGGUUAUUAUAGUUUCCCAUGCUCGACGACUGUAAAUGUAGAGUUGUCAUUCGGCGGCUCCACGUGGUCGAUAAGCCCAGCGGAUUUCACCGUCGCACAAACCACUUCUUCGGAAUGCAUCGGUGCAUUCUUUGAAGCAGAUAUAUCUGGUGGUUCCCCCACUUGGAUCAUCGGCGAUACUUUUUUGAAAAACGUCUAUUCCGUCUUCCGCUACAAUCCCCCUUCGAUUGGCUUCGCCAACCUCUCAAGUAUCGCAAUCGCUGAAAAUGGCGCUGGAGGAACCGUACCUUCUGCAACCAUUGGAACAGUAUCUGCGGCUGUCACCAACACGAGCGAUGCCCCACGUGGACAUGCGCUGAGCACAUCAUUAUCUAUUCUCUUUCUGGCUUUCUCGGUGGUACUCCUCCUCUGAUUUAGAUGUUAUCUGCAUUCGCCUUCUUAACGAAGGACAUUCGUAUAGGACUAACAAACGCUCACGAUUUUCGACCACGCUCACCUUAAUUAAAUAAUGUAGUCCUCUGAUCAAGGGCAUAUAUUUGCUACUGGACAGUUCUCCAUGAGUUACAAUCGGCGACCCGCGGUCGUGGAUUGUGACUACGAUUAAUACGACGUUAUUGCACACUAUAUUUGCACGAGCUGAGUUGGCCAUAGUUAAUAGCAUAGCGUAUCGUGUUCGAAAAGAUUGGAAAUAGAACUACUUAUGCGUCUUCGACCCU